GGCGCCCCGCCAGAGCGCGCCUCCCGACCCGGAGGUGGUGGUUAAAGGGAGUCCAUCGUCGCCGCCAGGCCGGAAACUCUCGGACUCCAACAGAGGGCGGCGGCAUUCCGGACCGAGCAAUCCAAGCCGGGAUUUCCAACGCGCCCGCCAGCCGAGAAAGCUGCUGCCGCAUCCUCGACGCGACCGGCCUGCGGUGCCCACGGCCCUUUCCGCCCCGCCGCGCAACCGAAGAUGGACGCGGUUCUCCGACCCGCCCCGCGAGGCACGCGCCCUCCUGAGGGCCGGCUGCCCUCCUCGGGCGCCCCCCUCUUGUCGCCCCGUCGGCGCCGGAGAGCCGGGUCGGCGCCCGGGAGCCCCCCGCCCGCGCUGCUGUUGCUGGUGGUCCUGCUCCGGCGCGCAACGCCAGGCGCGGUGGCGACGCCGGAGACCAGGAUCGACGGGCGGGCUCUGUCGGAGAGCAGCCUGCGGGAGGCCGAGAGCCGCGCCUUCACGUGCCUGGCGGCGGCGCCCAACCUCACCUGGUACCUCAACGGGGAGCGGCAGGAGACGGACGGCUCCGGGAGGCUGCUGGCCGCGGCCGGCGACGGUGACAGCGCUGCCUUGGAGGCGGGUGACAGAGGCAGCGGCACUUUCGUGGUCACGGCGCGGCGCCUGGACCGCCGGCUGGACUGCGCCGCCACCGACCCGGCCACGGGGCGCGUCUCCACCGCCUCGGUCCUCCUCAACGUGGAGUUUCAGCCCGAAAUCGUGAGGGUGGACGCCCAUUACCGCGAGGCGAAGGAACCCGGCCUCCUCCUGGUGCUCUUGGUGCUGGUCCAAGCCAAUCCGCCGGCCAACGUCACGUGGGUGGACCAGGACGGGCCGGUGACGAUCAACGCCUCCAGCUUCCUGCUGCUGGACACCCAGGCCUACCCCUGGCUCGCCAACCACACCGUGAGGGUGCAGCUGCACGGCCCGCCCCAGAACGCCUCCCUCCGUGUCUCCAACAGCCUGGGCAUUGCCAGCUCCUCUGUUCCGCCCCCCGGUCUCCUGGCCACCCAGCUUGAACUGCCUCUCCUGGCCCUGGUCGGGGCAGCUGCUGUGGCUCUGGUGGUACUCCUGAGCUUUGGGGUGCUCAUCAGCUGGACUGUUUCCCAGAAGGCCAAGAGAUCAACAGGGUAUGACCACGCAGCACAGCUUCCUCUGAGCACUGCCCUGCAGCCAAAGGAAGCCCAUCUGCCACGGGCAAACAGGUCCCUCCCUUCCAACCUGCAACUCAAUGAUCUUGCGCCAGAACCAGGAGGCAGGGCAAAUGGUGCUCCUGCAGAGCAAGGAGAGGAAGCCUUUUUGGAGCCAGGAAACCAGGCCCUUGCUGAGCAAGGCUUUGGUCGAUUUCUUACAGUCGGAUACAUUUACAGAGCCACUAGCAUGAGCAGCGAUGAAAUCUGGCUCUGAAGUCUGUCGCCGCAUCCACCUGCAGUGCGAGAAGCAACGGAGGUGGGGGGAGUGGGGCAGAGGGCGCCCCCAGCAGGAUCAGCCUGUCCUGCGAAGACUGGCUGAUCCUCGCAGGGAUGGCCAUUCUCAUCUUUUCCUCAUUCCCAGCAGCGCAGGCAUCCACCAGCUACCGUUUCUCCACCCAACACCAAGAUCUUCUUCCUAACCCCAUGUUUGCCAUCUGCAGACCAGCAAGGCUAUCACCAUGCAAGUCUCUGCUCUCCUCGCUGAGGACUGUAGCUUUGCAGCUUCUACGCUUAAUGAAUAAACUGCUGCAAUUAAGGUGUUGCCCU